UCAAACACAGUACGUGGAGGAGGAUGUUACUUUGGUCCUGAUAUAACUGAGAAAAUCCUGCGAAAACAUGGAUUACAAAUGUUGAUCCGCUCUCAUGAGUGUAAGCAAGAAGGAUAUGAGUUUUGCCACAAUGGAAAGGUUCUAACAAUAUUUUCUGCAUCUAACUACUAUGAAAUUGGCAGCAACAAAGGGGCAUACGUGAAACUGGGACAUGACCAUGUCCCACAUUUUGUGCAAUAUCAAGCAAACAAAACUACCAACACUCUGACCAUGAGGCAAAGAGUGAGCACUGUGGAA